AUGUCACCCAAUAAUAACCUUUACGACCCGGACCAAGCUGCUCUGAAUACGCGUUGGAUACAGCCAUGGAGCGAGGCUUUCAGGGCGCAACGUGAUGUUGGCCUUCGAGUUCCUAUCGAUUUUCACACCUCAGCAGCAGUCUCUUUGACGCAGGCCUGCUUUGUUAACAAUCAAUUUGAACACAAUGCAUUCAUGAAGUGUUUCUCGAACCUUCUUGGUGUUGGUAUUCCACGCUUCGAAGUCAAUGUCUACUGGGACGCGCUGCGCUCCGUGUGGAGCCUGUGUCCUGUCCAGCUUCCAAAGGAUGAGGGUGAAGUACAAAACGACGCACCAGUAGUGUCUGGCCCCACUAUAUCAGUAUCUACGGGUACUGCGAAUGCUAGGGUGCCAGAGACUACCGCAACGAUGCCUCAGGUCUUGAGGGUUCGACAAGAUAGUUCUAUGCUCAGCGUGGUCGCGUCAGUGUCCCCGCCAGUAGCAGACCAAACUUCAUCUAGCGCUCCGGCUGCGACGAGUGCGACCGCGCAAGCGACUGUCAUCAGCUUUCCGACUGUGGACGGUCCGCCACUUCUGCAAAUUGGUCGCUACAACUGCACGUCACAGACGACCUUUGGUCUGUUGACAGGCUUGCUAGAAGACUUUCUUCAAGAAACAGCGACUACCACUGGUGCAGCCAUCUCGUUUCUGAACCUAAAUAUUUAUGCUGCUGCUACGUUGUCAGACCCAGACGGUCCCGCGCCGCGGCUCACCUCUGACCAGUUACCACAAUCUGGCGAUACGUUGAGCCAGGUUGUCAAUGGCAAUCUGUCUCACAUCUUGUAUUCUGCCAGCAACUUAGCCGAUCAGCGCAGGAAUUUGAACAGUUCUUGGUACAAUGUGGAAUGGGAAAAUCUCCCUGCACAUGGCUACUACCAGACCUCGAAAAAUUCCGCAGGAAACAUAGUCACAGAAAGUGGUUGGCCAACAGAAGCAUUGAUGGAGUUUCAAGAGUUCAAGAGAGUCAUCGUCAGCUUCGGCACUGUUGAUGAAUCAAUGGCGGCAUACAACAUCACCGACGACUUCCAAGACAUCUUUCCACCGGACACCAUUACCAGGGAGCGACAGGCCUUGUUUGCCACCACAGGAGAGCAAAUUUCCGGAUGUUUUUUCCCAUCAUCUGACGUAAAGGUCACAUCACAAACCAACUCAUCGUUUGCACGUGCAUCGCCCCCAUCAAUCGGUAUCGAUGCGAAUCCUGACCUCAAUGCCUCAAUAGCAUCAGUCGCGAACUUGACGCGAUGUGGCAUCAUUCCAUUUCUUAAUCAGAGUCUAGCAGGCACAACGGCCGAUAAGAAUCCCUUACCAUACGCUGCCUACGUGCAUUCGACGCUCUGGUCGUGGGCUCCGGGUCAACCCUUGAACGUUACCCAAGGCAGUUCGACGGACAAUCGUUGUGCCGUUAUGACCAACUCGCCUCAUUCCGGCCGAUGGGAAGUUGCAGACUGUGCCAACCGCUACCGUGCAGCCUGUCAAAACCCGCAGGAGCCAUACUUCUGGGAGGUCUCCUCAGACACCUCCGACUUCAGCAACGCCGAGGCUCUGUGUCGAUCGCCGCUGCAGUUCGCUGUUCCGCACACUGCUCUCCAGAACGCACAUUUACACGCUGUCUUGCAAAGAUCAAGCGAGCCGGACCAGCCUAUCUACGUUAAUCUCAAUCAGCUCGGUACUGCGGAUUGCUGGGUCAUUGGCAUCAACGGCACAUGUCCGUACCUACAGUCUACCGACACAAAUCGAACUCGUAUCGUUGUCAUUCCUACUGUCGCUGCUGUCAUCAUUUUCCUUUGUGCGGCUUUAACAUUCUUCAUCAAAUGCGCAUCCAAUCGACGGGAAGACAGACGCGGAAGAGGGAGAAAGAUGGCUGGCGGAUGGGUAUAUGAGGGUGUGCCUAGUUAG